AAGACCGGCGAAGCCGCCCGGCUGAAGUUCACCGCCUCGGCCGAGGACACCCGCAUGCAGGGCCAGGCGCUCACCGCCGCCUCCAUCAUCGUCCACUCGGGCUUGUGGCUGGUUUACUCCAAGCCUUUCUUCGACGAUGACCCCUACGUUUUGGAGCCGGGCGGGUACCCCAAUUUAAAGGCUUGGGGAGCAAAGGACCCAUCCAUCUGCUCCAUGCACCCCAUCAGGUGGGUGGCCUACGAGGGCACCAACUUCUCGGGCGAGCAGUACAUCCUGGAGAAGGGGGUGUACCGCAGCUGUGAAGACUGGGGUGCCGCAGAUUGCCGCAUCGCCUCGGCACAGCCCAUCCUGCAGGCCAUAGGUGGGAUGGAUGCCCACCACGAUGGCCGCGUCAGCCUGGGCACGCUCCUCCCCGCCAGCUGGAUCCUGUUCGACGGGCAGGCAUUCGCGGGGGAGCAGCACGUGCUGUCCGAGGGCGAGUACCCCACGCUCAGCGCCAUGGGCUGCCUCUCCUCCACCGCCAUCUGCUCCUUGAAGAAGGUCCCAGUGUUUUUCUCGGAGCCCUCCAUCUUCCUGCACGGGCUGGAGUGUUUUGAGGGGAAGGAGAUUGAGCUGAACAACGAAGUGCGGAGUCUCCAGGCAGAGGGUUUCAACAACCACGUGCUGUCGGUGCGCGUCAAAGGCGGGAUCUGGGUUCUGUGCGAACACAGACGGAUCUAUUUCCGCAUCAGGAGCAGGGAGCUGGAGCUCUACCUCUCCGUCCCCGACGACGUGGAAGACAUGAAAGCAGGACGUGUGGUGGUCUCCAGCCUCAGCGAGCAGAGCAGCUCCGUCUGGUACUAUGAGGACGGGCUGAUGAAAAACCAGGUGGCCCCCAACAUGAGCCUGCAGGUCAUCGGGCCAGCCGGGAAGGGCGCGAAGGCUGUGCUGUGGUCUGAGACCCGGAUGCCGCGUCAGACCUGGAGCGUCGAUUCUCAGGGACGGAUCCACAGCCAGAUGUUCGAGGACAUGAUCCUUGAUAUAAAGGGUGGCCGAUCCUAUGACCGGGACCACGCCAUCAUUUGGGACGUGGCUGAGGAAAGACCCACGCAGAUCUGGGACGUACAGGUGCUAUGA